GACAGCGGCCUGUGGAAGAGUUUGAGCUGUGCCUUCCUGAUGGAGAUGUGACUGUUCACGGAGCUGUAGGAGCUACUGAACUUACAAAUACAGCAAAGACAGAUGUGCCAUAUAUACUAAAGGUGGAGUCUCAGCCACACACCACAUGCUGGCCUGGUAGGACGCUCUACUUACUAGCACCUACUUUCCCUGAUAAGCAGCACUGGGUCACUGCUUUGGAGUCAAUAGUGGCAGGAGGGAGAGUUUCCAGGGAAAAAGCUGAGGCUGAUGCUAAGCUGCUUGGAAAUUCUCUGUUGAAGCUUGAGGGGGAAGACCGUUUGGAUAUAAAUUGCACAAUGCCCUUCAGUGACCAGGUUGUACUUGUUGGUACAGAGGAAGGUCUCUAUGCCCUGAAUGUGUUGAAAAAUUCCUUAACAUGCAUUCCAGGACUGGGUGCUGUUUUCCAAAUUCACCUCAUAAAGGAUCUGGAUAAGCUGCUUAUGAUAGCAGGAGAAGAGAGGGCUCUGUGUCUUGUUGAUGUAAAGAAAGUGAAGCAGUCUCUAGCCCAGUCUCACCUCCCAGCCCAGCCCGAUAUCUCACCAAACAUCUUUGAGGUUAUUAAAGGAUGUCACCUUUUUGCUGCUGGCAAGAUUGAGAACAGACUCUGCAUCUGUGCAGCCAUGCCCAACAAAGUGGUUGUUUUGCGUUAUAAUGAGAGUCUCAGCAAAUUCUGCAUCAGGAAGGCAAGUUCAUUGAUUUCUCUCAGUUCACAUAUUUGUAACAAGCCAGUGUGAGACACCACUCUGCUAAGCUACAAGUGUGUAAAAACCUAUGUUGCUCAGGCAGAUUUUUCUUUGAUAGCUAAAAUGGCAGUAAAUUGUAACCCGCUUUGCGAAUAGGGGCAGCAAACGGAGUUUUGAGGGAGUUCUCCAGGUAAAGGAGGAGCAAAUACGGGA